UGUACAUUCACUUCUACUUCCAGCACUUUCCCAUAGACUCUACAGCAGAUUAAUCAGACAGCCCAAGAGCACCGACCUCUCCACCCGGGAUCUACAGCAGUAACGCCCCGACCUCCUUCCAUUUCUAUUUGCCGACUCUCAUAUAGCGCUAAGGAGUGGGAGUCCCCAGCAGGGGUCGGGAAGAUGCGCAAACUGAGGGGACUCUCGGAAAGGCGUCGCUCUCUGUUGCCCCAUGAAGUGGAGAGAAGAGUUAGGGAGCCCCGCGCUGUGUGAGUGACCCGAGCAAGUCGGCGUUUUCUCUAUUCCUCUUGCAAUCAGUAGCCUCCUGUUGUGACCCUUGGGGGUGAUCAAAGAACUAAAAAGAUGACUGGCAAUGGGCUGAUUUUGCUCAUGGGGACAAUUCUUCUCCAUGGCUGUCUAGCAAGGCCACCUGAUGAGCAGGAUUACUAUCACCAAGAAAUCCUGACCAGGGACCAUUACUAUGCUUAUCCGGACCCCGAGGAGUCACAGACACCCCUGGAGCCUGAUCCAGAGCCUGAAGAACCUCAGGAACCUGGAAUGGAAGUCACAUAUGAGACACAGGACACCAGAGAUGAAAUUUACCGAGUGUCCAAGAAGGAUUUCCAACCCAAGAAAAUCAAUAAGAAAGAGGACAAAACUCAUGUGCAGAUGCCAGCCAAAAAUGGCAGUAAGAAGUCAGAGAAGAACAAGAAGAGCCCUGAGAAGCUUGUGUUUGGAGCCACCGAAGAAAAUGCUUUCCAAGAAGUCAGAGAAAGUUGUCCACCUCUUGGACUAGAAACAUUAAAGGUGACAGACUUUCAGCUUCACGCAUCUACUGUUAAACGAUACGGACUGGGAGCCCACAGAGGCCGCCUCAACAUUCAGGCCGGGGUGAAUGAAAAUGACCUUUAUGAUGGAGCUUGGUGCGCGGGGAGGAAUGAUGUUCACCAGUGGAUAGAGAUAGACGCUCGCAGGCUGACCAAAUUCACAGGAGUCAUCACUCAAGGCAGAAACUCACUCUGGCUGAGUGACUGGGUGACCUCCUACCGAGUAAUGGUCAGCAACGAUAGUCACAGUUGGGUUGUUUCCAGGAAUGAAUCUGGAGAAAUGAUUCUUCAGGCGAACAGCGAGAAAGAGAUUCCGGUUCUAAACGAGCUUCCAGAGCCCUUGAUAGGACGUUAUAUUAGGAUCAACCCUCGUUCCUGGUAUGAAGAUGGGAACAUCUGUAUGAGGGUUGAAAUCCUUGGAUGUCCUUUACCAGACCCAAAUAAUUACUAUCACAGACGCAAUGAGAUGACAACCUCAGACAACCUGGAUUUCCGACAUCACAAUUAUAAGGAGAUGAGGCAGCUGAUGAAGGUGGUGAAUGAGAUGUGCCCCAGCAUCACACGUGUCUAUAACAUUGGGCGAAGCCACCAAGGCCUGAAGUUGUAUGCAAUGGAAAUGUCUGAUAACCCCGGGGAGCACGAAGUUGGGGAGCCAGAGUUCCGUUACAUGGCUGGAGCGCACGGCAAUGAGGUUUUAGGUCGGGAGCUUCUUCUGCUCUUGAUGCAGUUCCUGUGCCAGGAAUAUCAAGCUGGCAACAAGCGCAUUCGCCACCUAAUCACCAAUACACGCUUACACUUCUUGCCGGCGGUCAACCCUGAUGGCUUCGAGAAGGCUGCUGACCUGGGCUCAGAGUUAGGAGGGUGGUCACUUGGCCGCUGGACUUCUGAUGGCAUCGACAUAAAUAACAACUUUCCAGACUUAAACUCAUUGCUGUGGGAGGCUGAGGACCGACCAAGGAAUAUCCGUAGAGUCCCCAACCAUCACAUCCCCAUUCCGGAAUGGUACCAGCAUGAGAAUGCCACGGUUGCCAUGGAGACACGAGCCCUUAUAACUUGGAUGGAGAAGAUCCCCUUUGUGCUAGGGGGAAAUCUUCAGGGUGGGGAGCUGGUUGUGUCCUACCCUUAUGACAUGGUACGUUCUCCUUGGAAGACCCAGGAGUAUACUGAAACCCCAGAUGACCAUGUCUUUCGCUGGCUGGCCUAUUCCUAUGCUUCUACCCAUCGGCAUAUGACUGACUCCAGCCGCAGACCUUGCCACUCUGAGGACUUCAACAAAGAAGAAGGCACGGUCAAUGGGGCAUCUUGGCACACAGUGGCUGGAAGCAUUAAUGACUUCAGCUACCUGCACACCAAUUGCUUCGAGAUUUCAAUAUAUCUGGACUGUGAUAAAUUCCCUCAUGCGAGUGAGUUACCUGAGCAAUGGGAAAACAACAGGGAGUCCCUCAUUGUUUUUAUGGAGCAGGUUCACCGUGGGGUAAAGGGAGUUGUGAGAGAUGUGUAUGGACGAGGGAUUGCCAGUGCCAUUAUAUCAGUGGAAGGGAUUAACCAUGACAUUCGCACAGCAAGUGAUGGAGAUUACUGGAGGCUGCUAAACCCGGGAGAGUAUGCAGUGACAGCUCGAGCUGAAGGAUUCACACCCUCAACAAAGAACUGUGCGGUGGGAUAUGAGAUGGGAGCUACGCGCUGCGACUUUAUUCUCGCCAAAUCAAACCUGGCACGCAUCAAAGAGAUCAUGCAGAAGUUCGGAAAACAGCCGGUCAGCAUGUCUCUUCGCCGGAGAAGAAUUCGAUUCCGAAUGGGACAUCAGGCCUAGAAUUCACCUUGAUUCUUUUGGAGAACACACUUUGAUAGAUCUAGAACAUUUCCUCUGGACACAUUAGGCUGGAGAAAUAAAAACAGCAAGCCAUUUGUUUACUAAGAGCAACCUAUUCUUGUGGCUGCUCCCAGUCUUUCCUUGGUUCCUGGAAGAUAACACUUUAUGAGUGCCUGUUAAGGAUAUUUAGCGUACGCUAUGCUUAGAUCGUCAUUAAGCUGACAUUUUCCAAAGGAGUCGCUGUUUCAAAUGAAAAAACUUCAGCAAUUUAAAAUAAGUUAUAUAACCAACUGCUGGUUAAGUAUAUGGUAAAAACAACAUAUAUAUAUCAAUAUAUAGUAUCGUGGGGCUGAAGCUCAUCUUCAGACUUUGGAACUACGAGUUCUACAUUUCACAUUCUUUUUCAAGGCACAAAUGAUGCCACAGUGAGACAUGUCAAACUAACCUAAUGACUACGGUCUACUCAACAGUAAAAUGGAAAAUUCUCUUGCUUCUAAAAAAGUAAAUCAGCCUCUUCAAUGUGAAAUGACUGAACUCAACAGCCUUUAAAGAGAAGUGAUUAAAGCACAUUGUGCUUUAAAUCAGGGGGGGGGUGAUAUUUUAGCUCCUAUAUUCAGACUCAAGUGCAGUUCUUCAUUUUUAAUGUGUUUCCCUUUGAUUGUCUUCUGUUCCUUCUGAAAGUGUUCCUGCCGAGAGAUUCUGGUUUUAAUUGACGUGAUCUUUAAUCAGUUUUCUGUUAGUGAGACGAAAUGAUGCGUUAGUCCUCGAAGCCGGAUUGAUCUGUUUUAGUGUACUACCUUGUUACCCUAGAAUGAUUAGAUGCCUUGUAUCAGGAAUAGCCUAAAGGUGUUUAAAAUCUUAGAAAUAAAUACAUUACAAAGAGCAAAAUGGAGGUCUUUCCGCCAAUAUUGACCGUAACAACGGGGUUUUGUAGCCCCCCUCAUUCCAUGGUGACUCAGAUCAGUGUGUAGUAACUGAGAAGAAACUUGAGGCCAAUUAAGAUAAGACGCCUGAUGAAUACUGACUUAUAUUAAUGUAAGCCCACCCGAAUGACCAACCCACAGGAAAACUAUUGCAACAAUUAUUUCAAAUAUGUGUAAUCUUGUUAUUAUGUUGGACUUCAAAGAGAUAACUAAACCCAGAUGGCGGUUCCUAACUUUAUGACCAAUGUUCUCCAGUUUUAUUUCAACUACAUUGACCCAUGUCCAUCCAUAUGAAUGAUAACAUUGCACUGUUCAAGUCGACUGUCUAAAUUACUUUGCGCCAAAGUUGGAAUGAUGUGCAACUGUCAUUUUUUUGGUCUACUAUCACAGUGGUUCCCAAACAGUGGCAGAGGGGCCUUGCCUGAAGGCCAGUUAGGUUGAGAAUUGGGGGAAAAUGAUCUCCUAGAUACUCCAGAAAGCCCAGCUUGAAUGGUUAGAGUGAGAUCUGGGUUCAGUAUGUAUUUGCUGUCUUAGAUAUUCAUGGAACUAUGACUUAAUGACUGAUUUUCCUAUACCUGUAUUCAUUUCAUAAUCUAAGGGGCUUUGACUAAAGGUUUAACUUUUAAGGAGGUCCUUGGCCAGAGGGUGCACCUUCAAUUAUCCAAUCUGCCUGACCAUAUUAGAGCCUGUAUGGGCCACCUUCAGCCAAUUUCUGGAAGCAGAGGAUCAAGGGAUUCACAGUCCAACAUGUGCUGAAAUCCUCUAUCACUACUGCAGCCAUCAUGAUAUUUAAAUUGUGCUUGCUAAAAAUUUUUACUAUUACAUCCCAACCCAACUUUAAUGUGAUUCACAGGUACUUCUGGCUGGUAGACUUACUAGUUAUAAGACAGCAGCUGCUCAGAUUUCAUCCGGAAUGCGCUUCCCCUCCUGUGAAAUAACUGCCAUCAGAUGUGUUGGCUUUAACUCAUUUUGAGUGUGGAGCUCAUACAUUGGACAAAAGGCACAGGUUUAACAAAUUAACUGCUUCUUGGUUCAAAAUAUCCCUACAGUACUUGUUCUUUAAACUUUACACUUUGAAAUGCACAUCGGCAAUAGGAAACAACCGAAGUAACAUUACUCUGUAUUUCAGGUUUGAUGAUGUGGUAUCCCUCAGCUGUUUAGGUGGCUUGAACCUUUGUUGUCUAGGAAUUCUAUUGUGGGUGACCUGUUGGAACUAU